AUGGCGACCUCACCAUCAUGGCACCUCCUCCCGCCCGACCUCGUUGAGCAUCAAAUCGGCCAGAUCGACCUCUUGAUGGCGAUGUACCCGGCCGAGGAGGAGGCCACAAUCGAAAAAGAGUCGGAAAAUAUCCUCGCUCUCCUCAAAUCUCACCUCGAGGGCCCAUCAUCAUCACCAUCACCACCACCACCACUCACCUCCACCAGACCCCCGCAGGUCUCGGUGCUGCUCACACUCACCAUCGCCGAGCAAGAGGAACAGGGCGGAAAGGACCCGCCGCCGCCCAAGACGCUGCAGCUCGACAUCGCCGUGCCCUUCUCCCACCCGCCCGGCCCCGCGCCGGAUGAGGCCCCGCGUGUCGCCGUGCGCGUCCGCCAGCCGGCCUGGCUAAGCCGCGCCGCGACGGCGCAGCUCAACGCGCGCGUCCCCGAGGACGAGGACCUCUUCAGCACCAUCGAGGUCGUCCGGGACGCCGCCGCAGAGCACCUCGAGCGCGCCAAGCUCGCGGAGGCCGAGGCCCUCGUCGCUGGCAACGACAACCGCCUCGACGCAGACGACGACGGGGACGGCGAAGCGGGCGAGCCGCCCCACCUCGUCCGGGUGUGGUUCUACUUCCCCUCCAUCUCGACCCGCUCCAAGCGCGACGACUUCAUCAUCCACGCGCCGGCGUACGGCCUCACGGGCUUCCUCUACGCCGGGAAGCCGGGCCUGCUCUGCCUCGAGGGCUCCUCGCGCCGCGUCGACGCCUACAUGCGCUUCAUCAAGACGGAGAGCUGGGGCGACAUCCCCGCGCACCACAAAAAGGUCAGCGAGCGGCACCGCGAGACGGGCGUCGCGUCCCGCGUCUUCGCCGACAUGAGCGAGAUCACCGACUCGGUCGGCGAGCGGCGGGGCCAGAGGGCGAACCGGGGGGACAUGAAGGCCGUCGAGGGCUGGCUGGUCGAGCGCGGCCUGGGGGAUGCCUUCGCCAAGGUGCUGAUGUAG